AUGUUGACAGCUAUGUUCUUGGCUGCUCUCGUUCUUAUUACAGUACAUUCGCAGGAAACUGAGGAAACCAUAACAUACACGCAAUGUACAGAUGGCUAUGAGUGGGAUCCUGUUAGGCAACGGUGCAAAGAUAUUGAUGAAUGUGAAAUAGUCCCAGAUGCAUGUAAAGGUGGGAUGAAAUGUGUUAACCACUAUGGAGGAUACCUCUGUCUACCCAGAACAGCACAAAUUAUUGUAAAUGAGCGAGAAGAAGCAGCAGCUGAAUCCACUAGUGGUCGAAACAAUGUCAUUCGACGAACUCCAGCUGAUCCUCACCGUGCCCCUCCAAACCCAACUCAUCAAAUUCAGUGUGCUGCUGGGUAUGAACAAAGCGAUCACAAUGUGUGCCAAGAUAUAGAUGAAUGUGCAACCGGAACCCAUAACUGUAGAGCUGACCAAGUCUGCGUCAAUUUAAGAGGGUCCUUCAGCUGCCAGUGUCCUUCAGGGUAUCAGAAACGAGGGGACCAAUGUGUUGACAUCGAUGAAUGCACCCUGCCUCCCUAUUGCCACCAUCGAUGCAUGAACACUCCUGGUUCCUACUACUGCCAGUGCAAUGCCGGUUUCCAGCUAGCAUCCAACAACCACACUUGCGUAGACAUAAACGAAUGUGAUGCUAAUAACCCAUGUGCACAACAGUGUUACAAUAUACUGGGUUCUUUCAUCUGUCAGUGCAAUCCAGGGUUUGAGUUAAGCAGUGACAGAAUCAACUGUGAAGACAUUGAUGAAUGCAGAACGUCAAGUUAUAUAUGUCAGUAUCAGUGUGUUAACGAACCAGGAAAAUUCUCGUGUGUCUGCCCUGAAGGCUACCAGGUAGUAGGAGGCAGAACAUGUCAAGAUAUAAAUGAGUGUGAGACUACUAAUGAAUGCAGAGAGGAUGAAAUUUGCUGGAAUUACCAUGGAGGAUUUCGUUGUUACCCAAGAAAUCCUUGUCAAGAGCCCUAUGUCCUUACAUCUGAAAACCGCUGUGUCUGCCCUGUAUCAAAUGCCAUUUGCAGAGAGCUGCCUUACUCCGUGGUGUACAAAUAUAUGAGCAUCCGUUCAGACAGAACAGUGCCCUCAGAUAUCUUCCAGAUUCAGGCAACCACUAUUUAUCCUAAUACUAUUAAUACUUUCCGGAUCAAGUCUGGAAAUGAAAAUGGAGAAUUUUACCUGAGACAAACAAGUGCCGUCAGUGCAAUGCUUGUACUCGUGAAGUCACUAUCAGGACCAAGAGAACACAUUGUGGAUCUGGAGAUGCUUACAGUGAACAGUUUGAAUUAUCGUACAAGCUCAGUGUUAAGAUUAACAAUAAUAGUGGGACCUUACGCAUUUUAGUGGUUUUCAAUAAC